AGAAUAAAAGAAAUGAUCACCAACUAAAUAAUCUCUUGAUUGUUAGACAAAUUCUCCUUGCCAGCACCCUGGGAAAUGCAUAGAGUACUGUAUACAGAGAAUAUAUAAACUGGUAUUAGGGUGUAAGGAGUCAGGUCUAACUAGCGUCCUUUUUAUUUAUUUUUUUUAAUUCUUAGUCUGCCCUCCUAUAAUCCCUCUUUUAGUUGAUAUAUCCACCAUCAACACAACUGCUAAACAACAGUAUCCUGAAAGAUCAGAGUACUACUAAAAAAGUUAGAGCAAAACAAGAAACAGUUGCACAGUUCACCGAGUUUAGUGAGUUAGGUCUGAAAAAGGAACAAUUUAGAGGAAAGUAAAAGAGUAACUAACGUUCAUCGUUGCAGAAGGGAAUUUUGUCGUCCUUUGUCAUGGUGAAGCUAACUUUUCGAGGGCUUCAUUUCAAUGUUUCCUUAUAAUCGUCCGCGGGACUGGGGCGAGGGCAUAGAAGCACCAUGGCAACGAACUGCCUUGACUCUAGACGAAGGUCGCCAUUUUGGUUACGGCAAAGCAGCUAACUUGCGAUUCUACGACAGUUACCGAUGAGAUAUCUGCUCCUCUAGCAUUCGAUAGAAACAAGUAUUAUACCUUGUGUGCCGGUCGUAUUCCUUGUUUAGUCCGCUGAUGGGAAUUUAACUGGUAGAAAACUUCGCCAUCAUUUGUAAACAUGUCCAAUAAGAGUCGUCAAGAUAAGACUAAAACUCCUGCUCAAACGUCCGCUCCACCGCCAACCAGCAAUGAUAUUAUACCGGGAAGGUUCACAGAGGCUGACUGGUACCAUAUGGUGGACCAGGAAGAUGGGGAGGAAUUUGUUCUGGACAUAGUGAAUGAAAUUGUGGAAUCCACAAUGAAAGUCCUACAUGAUCAGUACAUUUUCAGUCAAACUUUACCAUAUACUAUACAAGAGUCUAAGAAUUUACUUCUACAAAUCAUUGAGUGGCAAUUUCUUGCCUGUGAUGUGGGAGAGAACAACCCUGCUUGUGAUGCAACAUGGCUGGAGGAAGAUGAACCUGUAACUCCAGUAACUGAUUCAUGGGCUCAAGGGUCAGUGCCAAUUGUGUUACGACCAUCAUCAGCAUCAUCAGCAUCAUCAGCAUCAUCUAUCCAAUCAGAUAGAGAGUCUGAGCUCUCAUCUGUUGCUGAAGAAAGGCCAGGUGCCCCAGAACCACCAUUUGAAGCUCUGGAUGUGCCAGAGACUCCCAUGUCAAUAAGUAGUCCAGCACAACCUACCCCAGCUACUCCACAGGAGAGAAAGGAAGAAGAACCAAAUGAGCUUUCAAAGAAGCAGGUGCAAAGAAAGAAGAAAAUUUGUUCGCCAUUCAGACCACACAAAGGUAAACUACCUUCAUUUUCUGGAGUAGAUCUUACUCCCUUAACUGAUGAUUCCAGCUUAAGAACAGCUGAAAGAUCACAGGAGGUCAUAAGAGGACACAGGGAUACCACUGGAUUAACUAUGCUGUCAUCUUCUACUUCUAUUCUAAAGUUUCCUUCUGAGAACAGUGGGUCAGAGGAAUAUUACAUCUGGUCAUCAAUACCCACUUCUUAUUCUCAAAGCUGGAGAACUACUAGUAACUACUCGAAAAGUCAGGCACAGUAUGGUCGGCCACCAGGUAUUAAAGAUGUGCUCUAUGAUGAGAGGGGUAACGUAGUAGCCGUGAUGAAGAUUUCACCUGAUAAGCUUCCAUCGCACAGAGUUCGAACCAAGUUUUCAGUAGUAGACAAUGAUAAUGACGUCCAAGUAGUGCGUACUCGGUCAAGACCCAAGAAACACGGCCAAACUUCGCGCAAGAGGGAAACAACGAAGGACUUAAACGCCUCCAAAAAUGCAAGCCUCAAACAAAAUGUCGAUGCAACUUCGCUUACUAACGCAUCGUACCAGACGGAAAAGGCUGGCUACAUAACACCCUUACCACCUCCGUUGGUGGACACUAUGGACAUAUCUGCCGGUGUUCUGGUAAGGGAAGGGAACAUUAUUAGACGCGGGCCGAGACAGAUUCCACGUCGUGCGGAAAAGUCUCCCUCUUCAGCUUGUCUGCAACCGCUGGACAGCACCCGUCCCGGGGGACGAGUUAUUAAUGACAUUCUUACCCGCUCGUCUCCCGUGAUCAGACCUCUUCAUGCGACGGAACCGAUUCCUCCCAUAACUUCCCAACCCCCCACGUAUUCUUGAUGCCGUUAGCAUUGUAUUCAUUCUUUGGCUUGUAGAUAUUGUAAGUCUUAUAAUAGACAAGGAUGUUUUAUGUCUUCGAUUGUCAUCGUAGGAUGCUUAGAUGACGAGUUAAAAACUUGAAAAUACUUUUAUUUAACUUCUCAGAUUUGCUCAGUCAAUGUUGUAACUGGGAAUUAUUCUUUCAACCUUAGAGUUUAACUACAAAGCAGCAGUCUUCAUGAAUUGGUGUACAGAAUUACGUAGUUAUGUUCAGAUUGCUUCAAGAUUUGAUAAAGUUUAUGUCUUGAAAGUGGAA